AUGCCGAUUGCCAACUGCCCAAAUUUUGAUUACAUGGGGAAUCCUGUGAUGGUCGUAACCACUUUGGAGAAUGUGAAGUUCUUUUCCCUGUUAAACGACCACUUCCAAGCCAUCUGGCAUCUGACGGAGGGGAACUACAGGACGUUAAGGGAGACGUACAGCACCUCCGAAUCUGUUGGUCUCCCCAACGUAUAUCUCGUCUGCAAAACGGACUUGUUCCUGAAUGCUUAUGUCCAGUACUUCUUCACAUUCGGUACUUGCGUGGUGUUGCAAAAUUUUGAGCAGGCAUCCAGGAGUAAAAGGACGUCCUUUGCACGUCCGAGAGACGGUUGCUGGAGGACAGCGAAAACCUCCCCAUCUUCACCAGCUUCAUCGCCAGGACGGACCGGAUCCUCCUCUUUAACGACAUGCUGGUCUUAGUGCAGCCAUACUUUAAACGUUGUGACUCCAGAAGAGAAUUUCUUCCUCUGGGCCAAAGGACCAGAAUCCCGAGCGGUGUGGCAAUGGAAGAUCCACCGGGCAGUGGUCCAGGCCUUGGUGGAGAAGAGAGACGCCUCCCUGUGGGGCAAUGAGGGCAAAGGCUUCGUCCCUCCCCUCUGCCGCUUUGCCACCUUCGCCUUCAGGGCCGAAGGGCGCUUCAAGGGCGCCACCUACGAGGGAGAGUGGUGCUUGGGGAAACCCCACGGGAAAGGGAAGUUGACGUGGCCCAACGGCCAGAAUUUUGCAGGAGACUUCAAAAAAGGCUUGGAAAAUGGGCAGGGAAAACUGACAUUCCCGGAUGGCUCCGUCCUGGAGGAAACCUUCACCAACAAAUCCAGAGAAGGGGUACAGGGGCCAGGGGUGAGGAGGAGCAAUUCUGAAGAUCAACAGGCGGUCACCAGAUCUGAUAUCCAGUUGGGUCAGGAGCUCUUCCCGGUGGAGAAGCGAUGGGAAGGCCUCUAUGACCAGUUUCUGGCGUUCGUCCGCGAGGGAGGCCAAGCAGACGCCGAAGAAUCGUUCAUGGGUUUUCACGUCCAGACGAGCCGCGAGCUGCGCAAAUCUCAGGAGAAUCUCUUCUGCCACGGAGGAACCGCAGAAACGACCGAGAAGACGGACUUCCUGGAAGAACUAAUAAAACACCAGGAGCCGGAAGAUCUGCUGAGUUAUUUGCAACAGGCUCUGGGAUCCUCAUUGCAUCCUCUGGGGAAAUUGCUGAAAGCUAUGAUUUUGGUCUUUCAGUCCACUUAUUCUGGCAUCGGGGCCAACAAGCAUCUCUUGAAAAUGGCCCAAGAAGAGGUCAAACACUACUCCAAGAAAAUAUGGGAAUUUUACCAAGGUUUGUUGCAACUUGCUUUCAAGGUCAAAAGCUUCAAAUCCCCGCAAAACACAGAAAAAAGGGGCGCAGAAGGAGCUCCCGUCAUUCUGCCUCUCAUCCUCCCUUACUUCUAUCCGGAUCUCCUGAUGCUGUACCUGGUCGCUCACGAGAAACAGGACGAGGAUUAUUGCCAGGGAAUCACCAGCCUCAGUAGCUUCCCGGACACGGCCCUGUUGGAGUACCUGGAUGUGCAGAAAGACUUCUGGCCCCUGAAAGACCUCACCCUCACCAGUAACCAAAGGCAGUCGCUGGUGAAGGAUCAUUGCUUCCUCUCUGCCACCGAAUGCCUGCAGAAGCUGAUGUAA